AUCAGUCCGUGUGUAUUCCUGGGCGAAUGUGCUCGUGUGGUCUCAGGAGUUGCGGAGGUCACGGCUCUGGGACAGCCGUUUCAUGGCCCUAUGCUGCAGAACCUGCCCCGGAAGAGAGAGCCCAGAGAAUUGCCAAAGCUGUCCGCAAACAGUCAAGAGAAGUGAAGGAAAAUUGGGAACAACUGAAAAUCCGUGCGAGCAACUGGCAGAAACAGGUGGAAAAGGCGUUGGAGAAACUUCAAGAACUGGAGAAAGCUCUGGAUGAUCUUGAGGCUCAUGUGAUAACAGCUGAGGGGGUCCGCACUGAUCGGCAACCUGUGAGUGACCUGCUUAUUGACUCAUUGCAGGAUCACUUUGAUAAAACCACACAGAUGCAAGUCGAAGUGCUGGAACUGGCGUCUUGAACUUAGCAACUGUUCAACGUGUAUAAAAUGAAUUCUGUGCGCAUCUACUAAAAGCAGUUUUAUGGAAGGAAAAGGUACCAAAGAAGAUUUGGUGUAUUGUGCUUGAUGCUAUUAUACUCCAACCUGUGAAAACAGAACUCUACGACUGAGAGUGUUGAGUUCUGAGAGGGUGCUAUCUUGUUUGAAUGUACAUUGCUAAGCCUAGGCCUAUUUUCCCAACAGCAAAAUUGGUAAUCCAGCAAGAAAUGGCUAUUUCUCACAUUUGUUGGCUGUAAGUGUCUGUUUAAAGUUUGAGUACAGUUUCCUCAUAUACAGGUGCUUAACCUGCUUUUACAGUUGGAACAUUUGUUGUGCCAAUGAAAAUUUUUUGAAUGGUUUCACCUCCAGUUUUCCUCUUUAUACAUAUUUGGUAUUUUUUCAGGGUAAGGACUAUCUUCAAAAUCUGAGAUUGGGUUUUGAAAGACAGCAGCCUUUGUUUUGGAGAGAUAAUGGGAACUGCAGAUGCUGGAGAAUGCGAGAUAACAACGUGUGGAGCUGGAUGAAGACAGCAGGCCAAGCAGCAUCUUAGGAGCACAAAAGCUGACGUUUCGGGCCGAGAACCACCUUGAGAAAAUGGGGAGGGGGUGCGGGUUCUGAAAUAAAUAGGGAGAGAGGGGGAGGCGGAUGGAAGAUGGAUGGAGGAGAAGAUAGGUGGAGAGGAGAGUAUGGGUAUGGAGGCAGGGAGGGGAUAGGUCAGUCUGGGGAGGCCGGACAGGUCAAGGGAGCGGGAUGAGGGGAAAUAGGGGUGCGGUAUGAGGUGGGAGGGGGGAUGGGUGAGAGGAAGAAUAGGUUAGGGAGGCGGGGACGAGCUGGGCUGGUUUUGGGAUGCAGUGGCAGGACAGGAGAUUUGGAAGCUUGUGAAAUCCACAUUGAUACCAUUGGGCUGCAGGGUUCCCAAGCAGAAUAUGAGUUGCUGUUCCUGCAACCUUCGGGUGGCGUCAUUAUGGCACUGCAGGAGGCCCAGGUUGGACAUGUCCUCUCGGGAAUGGGAGGGGGAGUUGAAAUGGUUAGUGACUGGGAAGUGCAGUUGUUGAUUGCAAACUGAGCGUAGGUGUUCUGGAAAGCGGUCCCCAAGCCUCUGCAUCGUUUCCCCAACGUAGAGGAAGCCACAACGGGGACAGCGGAUGUUUUGGAUAUUUCUUAAGCAUUGAUUUUCAUUCAGAGUUGGUUGGAUUUUGCUGAAGCAAUAGACAUAACUCACUAUGACGUAGACAAUGUCAGAGUUAAUGUUUCGCGUCCUGUGACCCUUCCUCAGAUCUCACUCUUGACUGAUGCUGCCAGACCUGCUGAGCUUUUCCAGCAACUUCUGCUUUUGUUGCUGAUUUACAGUGCCCACAGUUUUUUUGUUUUUUACGACACAGACAAAACUUGAUCUCUGCAGGAAGCAUGAUGCUGCAUUCUCCAACUUCCCUGCCUUUUUGUAAUAUAAUAUUGUCUUUUUAGGACAGAAGUGGCUUUUUUUUGUUUGUUUUAACUUCCGCACAUACUUUCUAUGCAGGUUAAAAGUCUACACCUUUUCAGUUCUCUGCUGCAUAAUGAAGACUUGGAACAAUUUUUUUUAUAAAGUAGAAAAUCAGUGUGGUUUGUUUUCCAAAAUGUGAUGUGUAAGUGCAACACUUAACAGUGUGUUCAUCAAACUAUUGUUUCCUUUGAUCUUUGUGUUGCAGAAAUUUCUAGAAUCAUUUCAUAUUUUUUUUUGAUAUAUUUUAGCAGCUUUCCUGGAGCAAGUCUGUUUUCCUUCGGAUGAGACGACUUUCAGACAUACUCCCUUUAUUAUGAGAUUUAAUUACGGUAAAAUGAGGAGGAUUUUGAUUCACUGAGACACACAUGACUAUAUGUUUAAAGCAUUGGAAAAUGCGUUCUGUUCGGACUGUCAUGUUAUCUGGUGUUUGUACCAGGCUUUCCGAUUAAAUGCAAGUGAUUAAGGAUGCUAAUGAUGCCACAUGUUAUUACAAGAGGAAAUGAACAUACAAGUAAGGAUUUUAUGCCACAUUUAUACAUAGCAUGGACCAUGCAGCAUGGAUGCAGUGACUGAGGGAAAUGGGAUGCGGUGACUGAGGGAAAUGGGAUGCGGUGACUGAGGGAAAUGGGAUGCGGUGACUGAGGGAAAUGGGAUGCGGUGACUGAGUGACAUGCUCACAGCGAAUUGCCCCCUCCAUCCUGACCCGCUCACAGCGACUUGCCCCUCCAGUCCAGACCCGCUCACAGCGACUUGCCCCUCCAGUCCAGACCCGCUCACAGUGACUAGACCCUGCAGUCCUGACCCGCUCACAGCGACUUCUCUCUGCAGACCUGACCCGCUCACAGCGACUUCUCUCUGCAGACCUGACCCACUCACAGCGAAUUACCCCUGCAGUCCUGACCCGCACGUUGCGACUUGCCCCUGCAGUCCUGACCCCCUCACAGCGACUCGCCCCUUCAGUCCUGUCCCAAUCACAAGGACUUGCCCUCUCCGUCCUUACCCGCUCACAGUGACUUGCCCCUGCAGUCCUGACCCCCUCACAGUGACCUGCCCCCUCACUCCUGACCCGCUCUACAUUGAGGAAACCAAGCAGAG